AAGAAGAGGGAGGCAAACAUUCAGUACAGUGUGAGUAUGUGUUGUUUCUAACAGUGAGGUAGGAGGAGAGGAGGAACAGGAGAAGGAGGAGGAAGGGGUGCUUCCUCUUCAGUCUGGGCUAAGCUGCUGAUGUAUCCCAGCAGCCCCAUUGUGCAGCGACAGGAGACCUUAGUAUAUAAAGCCGCGUCGCGAGGGGAACCCUCCUAAGUGUCUCUCAGCUGCAGCAUGACCAGGACCGAGAGCCUGAGAGUGUGGACUUAACAAAACAAUGCCCAGCCUAAUCGUCGAACCACUCAACACACAGCACUUCAUCAUGGACAGAGAUGACAGGAAGAGAAACAAGAACAUUGGAAAGAACUUUAUGUGCCGACUCCAGUGCAUGUUCUCACACUCGUCAAGCUCUGAGAGCAGGCUAAGUUUAGAAGAUACCCAACAAUGGUCACAGUCACUGGAAAGGCUUCUUGAGUCUAAAUAUGGACUGGCUACCUUCCGCAACUUUCUCAAAUCUGAAUAUAGCGAUGAGAAUAUUGAGUUCUGGCUCACCUGUGAGGACUACAAGAAGAUCAAGUCUUCAUUCAGGAUGUCCUCAAGGGCCAAGAAGAUUUAUGAGCAGUUCAUCAAAGCAGAAUCUCCUAAAGAGAUCAACAUUGACUAUCACACCCGAGAGCAGAUCAAAAGGAACGUCAAGACUCCCACCAUGCAUUGCUUUGACGACGCUCAGAAGAUAGUUUACGGGCUGAUGGAAAGAGACUCGUACCCGCGGUUCCUCCGCUCGGACAUUUAUAGAACUCUCCUGGAAAACCUUGCCGCCGAUGCCACAAAGGGAUGAAAGCACAGUCAGGGGGAGAGAGAAAAGACAUAAAACCCAUAACUGGAAUGUUUGAGCUCCUUCCAGAGGAAGGACUGACAACAAAGAAGGAAGGAGAGUCAACCUGCGCGACACACGGACACAUGGACACAGAGGCCUCACACCUCGCCGUCGCCACUAGAUCCAGAAGCAAACUGUGGUUUAGUCCCACGGGAGGAUUCCCCACCAUCACCACACUGCUGUGGACCGUUUAAUAAGAGGAAAUGAAGGCGAUAAUGAAGAGGGAGAAACAUGAUAAAUGACCCUGUAGUGUGCACUUGCAGUGGAUGAUAAGUUUGUGUACGUAGGCAAACUGAGCACUUUGACAAUGAAUGAAUCAGUGGGGCCACUGACGCUUGCUCUGACCAUGGAGCUGCGUCAGCAAACCAUGCAACGGACCUCCUUUGGCCUUCUUUGCAGAGGUGUUUCCUGUGCAGAUUAAGAUAGAGGAUGUAAGAUGCAACUGUCACACUCGAUUAGUUGUGUGUGUGUGUGUGUGUAGGGGUGUGUGUGUGUGUACAUGGUGCAUGUACAUGUCUUUCUAUGGCUGUGUGGACAAACGUUGGUUUGUAGCUGUCAUUGUGAGGACAUUUUGUCCUGUCCUUACAACUUCAAAAAGCUGUUUGAGGGUCAAUACUUGUGAUGAUUAAGGUUAGGUUAGGAUAAGGGGCAAGGAGUGUCCUCACAACUAUAGAAAGACCAACAUGGGUGUAUUUAGUUAUAGCGUUUAGCUGCCACUGACACAUAAUAAGCUGUCACAAAAAGAGCUGGUCAGUUAUCUAAUGGCAGCAUUAAGGAAGACAAAUCCAGAGUCCAGCAGACAGAGGACUCACUAGUCAUAUGCCAUUCUCAGUACAGGGUUACAGAAGGCCUCUUAGUUUAGCAAGAGGCAUUCUGGGACACGUUAAAGGAACACGUUUUGUUUUUCUCCUUUUUAAAACCUUAUACUGAUCUCUGUUUUAGAUUUAGGCUGCGUUUGGGGGAUAUUUUGAGCAGAUAUUUAAUAUUUUUUAGGUUCAUCAUUUAGAAAAAAAACAAAGUAACAGUAGUUAGUAUUUUUCUUUCAAGAAAAAUACAUGAUAUGAUAUUUUUAAUGAUAACAAAAUAUAAUCGUGCACAUUUUUGUGUGGAAUCUGAGACAACUGCCCACUUAUGGCUGAUGAUGUCUAGUUUAAUUCCUCAGCACAUGACCAUUGGCCAAAGUCUAAAUCAGAUUCUUACAGCACUGAAGUGUCAACAGUUGUGAUUUUAUGUAAUAAACUAUUUGAGUGGAAAUGUAAUAGAAAUAGUAUGUUUCACAUUGCAUGAUAUAAGGAUGAUAUAUGAUAUAAGGAUGUUAAACCUCCUUGUUUACCCUGAGAGUAGGCCUUCUUACUGCUUUCCAAACCAUGUUGUUUGAAUGUAUUCCUAGGGAGUUAAUAGCUAUGUUAACUUAAAAGAUAAACAUUGUAUUAUUUAUUGUUAACUGUCACCAUUUGAGUACAAAGUUUGUUGCAGUGUUGAUGUGCUUGUUAAAAUGCUAGUGAUUUGAAUGACAUUAAAUUAUUUAAAUCGCA